AUGUCUAACCACUUGCCAACGACCUAUUACCGGCCCAGGAUCGCCUCUGAUCCCGCCGUCGUCGAGCGCCUAGAAGCGCAGUUCCGAGAAAUCAACUGGGCGGUGUACACCAGACGCAUCGAUUUAACCCACAAUGAAGUGGGCUUGAGGAUGUGGAACUGGGCCAAUUGGUUCAAGCAAUGUGCUGAAGCGCGCGGGGAAGCCAUCAGCUGGUCGCAGAACCCGGCCUCAGAUGGAGGCGUCUUCGAAGACAGAGCCACUCCUGUCAGUGGACCCUUCGAAGAAAAUGACGAGGCCACAGAAGCCCUCAAGGAGGACAUGGGGGAAUCUGGAACGGACGUGGAGAACCCCAAUAAGAGCCUCGAAGAGGCCAUGGGAGACUUGAAUAAGACUCUGGAGAACUUGAAUAAGACGAUUCAAGAUUUCAACAAAUGGAUGCAAAACUCGCUGAGGGAUACGAAAAACCUCGGUAAACAGGACAAGCCUCCCACCUUCAACUUUUCUUCCACCAUCACAGGUGGAAUUUCGGCUGUUGGUACACAGAUCAACACAUCGAAUUUGACAGUGAAAGCUGAAAGUCCAGCUUCGGAGGCGGGUUUGUCGGUUCAUGAGGCCUCCAGAACUAAAGGCUUAGCGGAGGUGAAGCCAGCCGCUUCUUGUGGGCAGCCUUGGGGUCCUUGA